GAACUAUUGAAUAAUAGUACUUCAGCAUAACAGUACAUUUGGAAUAAGCCUGUUGUACUGAACAAUUACCAGUGAGCUGACAGAACAAAAGCUACAUGUGACAUAUUGUUUGAUUUGAUAUGGCAGUAAACCAUGAAACAAAUGGAUGAAAAUGAGGAGGCGUAUAUGCCAUAAUACUAAUAUAACAGUAGCAUCCAUACUAAAAGGAUUUUAAUCAGGUGGCUGUUAUAUUCCUGUAGGGAUCUUAGCAUGGUGAUGUUGAAUGGGAUUUGCACGAGUGCUGAAGCCAAUACAUCCACGGAGAUUAACUGGUUUCUUUACCAGCGUGAAAAUGACACAACAAAACACUAUGCCUUGAGACAAUCAGAUGUUUGUCAAGCAGUGAAUGAAACUAACUGGAAAAAUUGUAGCGGGGAAAGUCCAAAUUAUACACCAUGGGAAAAUUUAUAUACAAAAAUUUUAGAAUGCAAUGGAGGGUUUAAUGAAUCUCGACUUCUCAGGAAUUGUGGAGGUUUUCCAAAUGUAACGUUCGAGUUGGAGUGUUUAUAUCCGCAUAAUUACUCCAAUGAAUAUCAUUCCCAUCUACAAUUAUGUAAUCUGAGUUCAAACAUUGAGGAAACAAAUAGAACGUUUUCCUUGGAAUCUCUUUGUAAUGACGUAGCGCCACUAAUAGAUGGAGCUGAAGCUGAAUAUUAUUUACCAAUAGGACUCAAAGUCCCACUGGGGAUUUUAAUGGUGCUUAUGAUAUUUGUUAAUAUUUUUGGAAAUAGCGUAGUCUGCCUUAUUGUGUAUCAGAAACAGGCGAUGCGUUCUGCUAUCAAUCUACUCCUAGCUAAUAUGGCUUUUAGUAACAUUCUUCUCGCUGCUUUGUGCAUGACGUUGAGUUUUCUGACGCUAAUCACGGAUAAAUGGUUGCUGACGGAACCUGUAUGUAAAGCUGCCGCAUUCUUCCAUUCGUUAUUGGUCUGGGAGGCAAUUGCAGUCUUGUGCACUAUAAGCCUAGAUCGUUAUCUCAUCAUUGUGCGGCGGAAAGACAAACUUAAUCCGUCUCGGGCAAAAAUAUUUAUCUCAACUACAUGGUGCUUUGGGGUGCUGUUAAGCCUACCCCCUACACUGGGGUGGGGUAUGUAUUACUUUUAUCCAGGACAUGUACAGUGUGUCCUGCAUGAAUAUCGCAAUAUUCCUGAUCUGAUGUAUCUUCUUAUAUGGACAAGUGUUACAUUUUUCAUCCCAAUGCUUACAAUGACUUAUGCUUAUUUUUACAUCUUGAACACAGUGCGGAAAAAUGCUUUACGUAUUCAUAAUCAUCCUGAAAGCCUCACUGCCAGUCAAGCUAGCAGACUGGGCUUAUCAGGGUUAAAAAGACCUCCGAGGGUUAAUGUUGACAUGAGUUUCAAAACCCGAGCAUUUAAGACGAUUCUUAUAUUAUUUAUUGUGUAUAUCAUAUGCUGGGCACCAUAUGCUAUAUCAAUGGUAGUUUCUAAUGUGACACAUUCUAUGAAGACUAACUAUAUCUCAAACACGAUUAUCCUGUGGAUAAGCUACAUGAAUAGUUCGCUGAAUCCUGUCAUUUACUGCUGGCGGAUUAAGAAAUUCCGGGAGGCAUGCAGGGAACUUAUUCCAAAGUCUGUUCGUCUACUACCCAAAUUACCACAGUCAACAAAACGACGCAUCAAUCCAAGUGCCGUGUAUAAGUAUAAUUCGGAACAACCAAUGGCUGACUUGCCCUCUCAUUCUCACCAGUCAACUGUAUGAUCGAAUUUUUUUCUGCUUUGCCAUAUUUUGUAAGGUUAAUACUAUAAUUCUAGUACCAGUAUUUAUACAAUUUAUAUACAGUAUUGAAAAAAGUCUUUUGGGCUUAAAUGGGUUCCAUUCCAUUUUGUUUUAUUUUUGAAAUACAUUUUAGAAUAUUUCUUUCUUUUGCCAAAUUAAUAGCUUUAUCAAAGUAUUAUUCUAUGGACAAAAACAAUUU